CAUUGCUUUCGAGGACGAUCGCUAUUGGAAUCACGGCGGCCGGCGUUGCUCUGUUUCCUCUCUCUUCCUUCUACAUCUCGCCCGCAAGGAGGUUUUCGCCGGCAAGCGCAGGCCGAUGGUGGGGGCGUCGGAGGCAGCGCGGAUGGAGCGGCUCGAGAGCCAGGUCGAGAACGGCGGCGGGGGGGCGUGGGAGUAUCUCUGCCUCGUGCGCAAGCUCAAGGCCCGGCGAUCCAACAAGGUCCUCAAGCACGGCCUGUCGAUCUUGAACGACCACAGGGCCCGAUCCAAGCUGGGAGCGGAAGAAUGGACUCUUUAUGAGCAGGUGGCCUUUGCUGCUAUGGAUUGCCAGCAGCAUGAUGUUGCAAAGGAUUGCAUUGCAGUUCUCUCAAAACAAUUCCCUGGAAGCAUAAGAAUUGGCAGAGUAGAAGGGAUGCUGCUCGAGUCCAAAGGAGCAUGGGCUGAAGCAGAAAAGGUUUAUGCACGUCUUCUAGACGAUAGCCCACUCGAUCAGAUAAUUCACAAGAGAAAGGUUGCUAUGGCAAAAGCACAAGGAGAUUUAUCAGCUGCUGUCAAAUUUCUCAACAAGUACCUAGAAAUAUUCAUGGCAGAUCAUGAUGCUUGGAGAGAACUGGCUGAAAUCUAUGUGUCUCUACAGAUGUAUAAGCAAGCAGCCUUUUGUUAUGAGGAGCUGAUACUAUCUCAACCAACAGUUCCUCCAUAUCAUCUAGCUUAUGCAGAGGUACUUUACACCAUUGGUGGUUUAGAAAAUCUUCAGACAGCUAAAAAAUACUAUGCAUCAACGGUUGCCUUAACCGGGGGAAAGAACACUAGAGCUCUCUAUGGCGUAUGUUCGUGUAGUGUUGCGAUCCGUCAGCUAACAAAAGGACGGAACAAGGAAGAGAAAGAGAUGUCUGAUCUACAAACUCUAGCUGCAGAGGCUUUGCAAAGGGACUACAAGCAGAGGGCUCCCAAUAAACUACCCCUUCUCAUGAGCAUGCUAAAGAACAUGAAAUUGAACUCCUGAUUCUGAUUUUUCUAUGAAAUCCUUGUCACUUUAAUCAAGAAAAUUCACAGAAGUGAUGAAGAAAACAUGGUCUAUUUGUUUGGGGGAUUUUUUUUUGUCCUCUUUCCCCUUGGGAUUAUAGUGGCUAAUAUGCUGCCAAAAUCAAAUCAUGUUUGUCUACUAACAUUAAGUUUAUUCUUUCAGCUAAGUUUCAAUCUAGAGAAUUGCUAUUGUAGAACUACUUUUGGAGUGGUAUUAUUUCAAAUCAUGGUAAUAUUUCA